GGAAUGGGAAUGAUUACCCGAACCCUGAACUUUUUUAGCCUGAAACCCUGUACUCGAUCCAAACCUUUUUCGACCCAAAAUUUGAAACCGAACCCCUACCUUGCUUUCUCUCACCUCACCCUGUCCCUUCUCCAAAUAACACAACAAUUAUCAAAAAAUCUUUAUUUUUCUUUAAGAUUAAAAUCUGUUGGAAUUGAAUGUCAAAAUACUUGGACUAAUCUCUACAUUUCUUUAUUAAUUUAUUUGAGUUAUUUUUUGCUUUUUUGUAAUUUCUUUUAUCAAACUUAUUUACGUUCUGGAAAUCGUUAUACAAAAAUUGAAAAGAAGACAAAAGAAGUUUUAGCUAAUGGAAAUGCUAAUAAUAUUACUUCUGAAACUACUAUUAGGUAA